AUGGCGAGCGGCGCCGCCGCCCCGGCGCAGGCCGCCCUGGACGAGCCGCAGGCGCAGCGGGCGCCGUGCGCGGGUGACCUGGAGGCCCAGACGGCCAGCAGGCUGGUCGGCGUCGAGGAGCUGCUCCGCAGGGUGAGCUCCCGGCUGGAGGCCUUCGAGGCCAACCUCGCGGGGCUCGGCCCAAGCCUUCGAGGACUGGAAGCGAAGAUUGACGAGAGGUUGGAGUCACUGGAGUGCAAGGUCUUCGGCCGCCUCGACGCCCUCCUCGCGGAGCUGGGCGCCUCGCAUGGCGGCGGCGGCGGCCGUGCCGCGGGCGUCGGGGCGGCCCCCGCCAGGACGCCUAUGCCGACCACCGACCCGAGCGCGGUCGCCGCGGACGGCGCCGUGCCGACGCCCGCGCCGUGCCUCGCGCCGUCGGCGUCGCCCGAGUCGUGGAGCCCGGCGGUGAGCGUGUGCGGCAUGGCGUCCGGCAGGGGUGCGCCCGAGGGCGACGCCUCUCGGGCGGGCGAGGGCGCGUCGGUGGCGACGGUGGCCGCCAUGCUGCCGCCGCACCCGUGCCCGGCGACCUUGGAAUUGGGGUUGCAGAGCCCUGGCGAAGGAGUCGUCGUCGAGAUCGCUGUUUCAUCCUCUCUGCUGACGCCGGCGACGACGAUGGUGAGGCAGAUGGUCCAGGGGCCUUGA